CAGUAGACGCCAACGUUCUCUGAUAAAAUUAAAGGCUUUCAUACAUAGAUAAUCUUUCAUAGAUACUAAGGAAAUAAACAGAAAAUGGCACAUAAUCCUUUGGACAAAAUACACGCUCUUGACGAAAUAGAAGCGGAAAUUAUAAUGUGUCUUCAAAGCGCAGGCCAAGCACUUCAGGAACUGAGCAAAGAAAAAUCUUCACAGAAAAGUGCAGAAACUCAAACUCAGCAAUUUCUGAAAUCUUUAUCCAAUGUGGAAUCAAAGCUGAGUGAGCAAAUAAAUUACUUGACCCAAGUCUCCACUGGACAACCUCACGAAGGUUCCGGCUAUGCCUCUGCGAAAGUUCUGCAAAUGGCUUGGCAUCGGAUACAACAUGCACGUUACAGAGUGCGUGAACUAGAAGAGUCCAAGGCAAAAUACACACACGCUGCGCGUCAACAACAGCAACAACGUCAGCAGCAGCAUGCGCAGCAGCUAGCACAGCAACAACAGCAGCAGCAAAUGGCUCAGCAACAAUUGCAACAAAGCCAAGAAAAUUCCGUUGGUGCAGGAGUUGCCUCAGGCGGAGGAGCACAAAUGGGACAGCAGACUCCCAACUAAGAAAGCUAUGCUAGGUUUAAGAAUAUAAUUAAAACAAGUUUACGACUAUAUAAAUUUUCAACUUAAA